AUGUCUUCAAGGACAAAAAAUACGACACGACUACCAGCCAGCAUCCUGGAGCAGAUAAAUGGCACAUCUGGAAACGACGAGCCGCGCCGUAGGAAACAUUCCAAGCCUACCCUCUCUCGGAAGGAAUCCAGGAAACAAGAACGUUAUGCAAAAAAGCACAACAAGGCUACCCACUUCUCCGGAGGCCCUCGCGCUCCCAAACGACCUGCAGAAGAGGAGCUUCAUGACUCCACCAAGCACAAGAAACCUAGACUCGAGCCAAUCCCUAAUUCUGCAAAAACUGUUGUCACCGAUGCUCCCAGUUCUACUACGAGAAAGGUCAACAAACCCUUGAAGAAGCCUAGAACUCCAUUAGAGAAGCUGGCCGGUGGUCCCACAGCCAAAGUCCAACCGCGUACUUCCAAGGAGACGGAGGAGGACCGUUACAUUGCGUACUUGGAGUCCAAACUAGGGACAAAAGACAAAAGGAAAUCUGGUGAAGAUGAUGGUCUUAACGAUCUCCUGGAAUUCACAUCGACGAUAGGAAUGAACGCCCGUGACGAUGAACAUGAUGAUGAAUCAGAUGUCAAUCUAGAAGACGACAGUGAAGAUGACGCACAAGAGACGCCAGACGAAGAGUUGGAACUGAAAUCACCGGAUGAAUCUGAAGACACACCUGAAGAUGUUUCAGGAGAGGAAGACGAAUAUGAAGAAUGGCAUGGAAUAAAUAGUUCCCCAUCCGAUUCAAGAGAGGAUGGUGGACAGGCUGCCGAGACUCCUACCGUCUCACGAUAUAUUCCACCACAUCUACGACAUGCCCAAACUUCCGAGAAUGACUCCGAGGAAGUCAUCAAAUUGAAGAGAAACCUCAAAGGUCUACUCAACCGCAUGAGCGAGCAGAACUUGUCAAGUAUUCUGGAUGACGUAGAAGAGCAGUACCGAAAACACCGGCGUCACGAUGUCACUUCCACAAUAACGGCCCUUAUAAUUGACGGGAUCUCGUCUCACUCCUCGCUGCUCGAUUCUUAUGUCGUGUUACACGCUGCAUUCGUGUCAAGUCUCCAUAAGAUUGUCGGAAUCGAAUUCGCGGCGUAUUUCAUUCAGACUCUUGUGUCUUCAUACGAAAAGUAUCACCAGACUAUUGGCAGUGAUCCUUCAACAGAAGUUGAGGAGGAGACGAAGGGCAAAGAGUGUUCGAACCUUAUAGUUCUCCUCUCAGAGCUGUAUAACUUCCAGGUUAUUUCUUGCAUACUCAUCUUCGAUAUCAUUCGAGGUAUACUGGAAAGUAAAUUCUCAGAGUUCAACGUCGAACUGCUAUUGAAGAUGUUGCGAAGUUCUGGACAACAGCUUCGUCAAGACGAUCCUUCCGCCCUCAAAAGUAUCACGGAAAUAGUCCAGAAAAAGCUCUCCGAGAUCGGCGAAAAACCUAGCUCACGGACUCUUUUCAUGGUUGAGACUCUCACCAAUCUCAAGAACAACAAAGUCAAGAAGUUAGCGACCCAAAAUCAAGGAGGCGAAGCUGUUGAACGGAUGAAGAAGUUCCUUUCGGCGCUGAGCAAGAAGCGGCAUGUUGCUGCGAAUGAGCCACUUAGGGUCUCGCUGGCUGAUCUUCACUCUGCCGAGAGCAAAGGGAAAUGGUGGCUUGUCGGCGCCGCGUGGGGCGGUGAUCCUCUGGUUGAUCGUCAGGAGACGCAGAAAGAAGCAGUCUCCGGUGCAUCUUCGGUGGCAUCGUCAAACAAUGCCCUUUUGAAACUGGCACGCAAACAAGGAAUGAAUACUGACAUACGACGAAGCAUAUUUGUUGUUCUUAUGAGUAGCGAAGAUUACGUCGACGCUUGUGAUAGGUUGUCGCAGCUUAAUCUAUCCGAGGUGCAGCAGCGGGAAAUAAUACGAGUCCUGCUCCAUUGCUGUGGUAAUGAGAAAACAUAUAACCCGUACUAUACUCUGGUUUGCCAACAUCUGUGUCGCUCGUCUCAUUCCUACAAGGUGACGCUGCAAUUCUGCCUUUGGGACUUUUUGCGGGACUUGGGAGAAGAGGAGGUUGGCGGUGCAGAGGUUAUAAAGAGCAUCAAGGAGAGUGGUGGUCACAAGAGCUUCGACCUCAAAUCCAUUUCAUCAACCCGGCUUCGGAACGUCGCUAAGGCAUAUGCGUGGUGGAUAUCCAAAGAUUGUGUUACACUCGCUAUUCUGAAGCCUGUUGACUUUACGCUUCUGAAGCCUCAGACAAAAAGGUUUAUGGGAGAGAUGCUUUCUCAGCUUUUCAUAAGCACUCAAACGUCAUCUCCCUUGAUUGGAUCCAACGCCAAGACCCUUUUGACCGCACGGGAUCGAGCUGCAAUCGAGGAAGUCUUCAUUAAAGCGACAAGAGUGCAGAACCUAGCGAUGGGUUUGGUUUAUUUUCUGUCGAAUAUCACGCAAGACGAUAAAACCAACGAUGAGGCUGAGGAAAAAUUCGUUAGGUGGGCGAUAGAGGUGGCCAAGGACACUUUGCGCACUGGUGUCGACGUUGUCCCUAAUCUAUGA